GUAACACCAACAAAAUACAUAUUUUGUAUAUGGUAAGUGAGAUCAAGGACUUAGAAGUAUAAGGUCAUAUUAAAUCUCAUAGUCCUUUGGAAGACAAACACUAGGUAUAUCUAGGCUAAGGUCACCAGUUUACAAGUAUACUAUCCAAAGUCUUCAAUCACUAAUUACGCUUAUUACACGAACCUCGGUCGGAUAGUAAGCAUUUGAACGAAAUACAAAGUUCCUGAUGUCCUUCUAUUCAUUGCAUAAUUUAAACAUUCUCGUUGGCUGUUGCAGUUAAUCUCAUUGUUUUGAUUGACAGCGGCUCACACAAAGUGAGAUCAUCUCUUACACCUUCAAGUAGUUACAGCAAACCUCUGAUGAAAAGUAUUUAUAACUUAUUUUCACGCCCAAGUAUAUAUUGUGUCCGGGGUCUAUCUAGUGGCUUUCUUUAUGGAGAUGAAAUACUAGUUUCCAAUAAAGCCUUAGAGGUUAAGAAAUAUAGAAAACGUCAAGUUAACAUUAACACUCAUUGUGCAGAAAAUGUACCGGUUUGUAAUACAAAGAAAAAUUUUUAUCCUGAGUUAAAUGAAAAUGAUUUGAAAAUCAGAGAAGUAAUACUCCAAAGUAAGGUAUCACUAUUGCAUGGUGGUUCUGGAAAAAAUGAAUCUUGUAAAUAUCCUACAAUUAUUCUAGAAGGAAGCAAACUAAUAUCAGAUGCACUUGCAACAGGGGCGAAAGCCACAUCUUUGUUCUUUUCCUCACAGGAUGUUCUACAAAAAGUCGGUGAUUUAAGCAAUGUAUUAAGUAUAUACUAUGUUAAUCAUCGAGUUAUGGAUCAAAUCUCGUCACUUCAAUCUCCUCCCGGAGUAAUAGCCCUUUUUGAAUUACCACAACAAAACUGUUUCAAGGAAAAGAAUGCGAAGUUUCAUUUACCUGUUACUCUCAUACUUGACCGAAUUAACGAUCCUGGAAAUAUGGGCAGUUUGAUCCGUUCUGGUGCAUGUUUUGGUUUGAAUUCUAUUUUGGUGACCAAAGGCAGUGUCGAUAUUUGGAACACAAAAGUGAUACGAGCAGGAAUGUCUGGUCAUUUCCGCAUACCUGUCUAUCAAGGACUAAGCUGGACCGAUAUUAGUCGAUAUUUUGGAAUACGUGAUGGUUCGUCUUCUCAUGUUAAAGUAUUUGUAGCCGACCCUGAACCACUCUUGACUGAUAAAUUAAUCGAAUCCGCAUGGAAAAAAGACCAAACUAAUCAUCAGUCACAAUAUAUUAACGGGUGCAAAAUAUCUGUCGAGUGUGAAGCUGUUGAUUUUCUUACUCCUGAGUCAACAGAUUCCGCAUAUCGCUUACCUGUACAAACUAUCCCACAUUUUGCAGUAAACUAUAUUCCUUCCGAUUAUAAAUCUGCGGAACAUGAUUGUCGUUUAGCUGUUGUUAUUGGAUCCGAAGUUCAUGGUGUUUCUCCGGAAGCUUUUCAUUUAGUUCAUCUUACCGGUGGUUCUCGACUUGUUAUCCCAUCUGCAGAUAGAAUAAACAGCCUGAAUGUUUUAUCAGCUGCUUCAGUUUUGUUAGGAGAAAUACAACGUCAAUUUUUGUGUUUUUAAUGGGAUGUAUUUUUUUUUACGAAUAAACACGUUUUUAUCCAGAAAAAUCUUCCCGCUUUUGUGUCUGUAUGUAAACUUUAAGUGUUUGUUUUAUUAUCUGAUGUGAUAAGUCGAUUGGGAUUCUUUUUUUUGUAGUCCAUCGGGGUUAAUAAUACUGUCCAUUCACCCACAAUACUAUGUAUAGACUUACAUUUUGUCUGGUCAUUGAAUAUAGUAUUGUGAAAGAGUUAGUAUACAGUAGAUCGUUUUAUUCCCAACCGUAUCCCCUUAACCGAAUUCAAUGGCAUAACAGUAGGUUUCAGUACCGAAAUUAGGACUAGAAAAACCACAUAAGCACUAAAUUAGUAGUUACAAUAAACAUUUAGGUAAUGAUUAUUAAUUCAUAUGAAUUUAUUACAUCACACGCUUGAAAUGUAACGCAAACUAUAAACUAAUGAAUGUAACUUAUUAGAUUUUGUUAAUAUAUGUAACUCAAUAACGUAGUAGAAGUCUAUGUACUUGGCUCUGUACCACUGCUUUCUGUGAGUUAAUAAUCCUACCCAGUUGCUCAGAUCGAAGUAAGCAGAACUUUGUGUAAAUCAGUAACGUAGUGGUUGAAAAUCGACUGUCAUUACCCAUCAAAACACUACUGCUAAACAUAGUUAAAUAUUGCUUUUCUGUUUUUUAUAGUUUCACCCGAGUAUUUCAGUAAAUUAAUUUCUGUAUACCUAAUAAAAUAUUACUAGUCGGUUAGUACCUUAUGAUACAUGUUUGUUUGAAAUAUGAAUUUCAUUUAGUUUAUUUUCAGGAA